AUGGCAGACACGCUCGCCGAGUCUGCGGUUGUUCAAGAUACUACUUUACCAGAGAUUCCAGCUAUUGUCGAACCCGAUGUAGAUGCGGACGAGCGUGGGCGCCUGAAGCGACGUAGGCAAUCCUCUCAGCACUCCCCUCGCCGAGCCUCCUCCCCCUCUCGCGGCCAUGAUCGCAACAGCGGCUCGCGUUACCGAACCCACUACCGCAAGCAUCACCGUCCAUCUUCCCCCACAUUAUCCAUCUCCCCACCCACUUCUGUAGAGAAGAAACUCAGACGGCGCAGUGACGCCGAACCCGACCAUACAUUCAGGGGCCGAGCACGCAACAGAAGCAUUGAUCGAGGAAGAACCCGAAGUCCGCUUUUCGAGGACGAAGAUGCAUGUGUAGAGAGCGAUGAAGAUGUCAAGAGGUUCAGGAAGAGAAGUGCACCGCCUAGCAGGCGCCGAGUGGAUGAAGCAGAUUUGGCAGCGGAGAUUAGGCGACAGAGGAGUUAUCCUAACCUUUACAAAGUGGACAGGAGGGACUCCAAGGUUGAGGAUGAACGGCACAUGCAAGUGGGGAUUGUGGGUUCUACAGAAGUUGCAGCAGCGCCCCACACGAAUAAUGACCGGCGACACUAG